AUGAGUACUGAAAUCCAUCUUAACCCUACAAGAUUAUCCAUACUAUCGAUAUCUAGAGAUAAGUAUUGGAUAUUUGUCAGUUCUAUCCAGCAACUACUAUACAAGUCUAUCGAGAUCAAAUCAGGUGGAUCCAGUGAAUUUGCGGAUGAUAAUGAUAUCAGUGAAGAUGAUGAACUUAAUGAAUAUAGUAGUUGUGGUAGUGGUAGUGGUAGUAACACAUUUACAGAUAGUGAUUUUCUCACAAAAGGUGCAGUUGAUAAUUCAAGUAAACUAUGCCCUCAAACUCCACCUACUCCACCAGAAGAAGAAUCUGAUGAAGAUAAUUUUUUCCACAUUGCCUUAACUCCUGAAGAAUGUACUGUCAUUUGUUCCCAAAAGCUUAUGAAUCAAUGUUUCCUGCAAGCAGUUGAGGUAUGUUCCCAAUUGAAUUACAAAGACGUACAAUUAUUACCAGAAACCUACUUGAGUUUAUGUGUUGAUUCUGAUGGUGAUACAGAUGCUUCAUGGAGGAUUUUAGAAUUGACUAAACCAUUAUCAGAGAAUAAUAUUUCUUUAUUCUUUAUUUCAAGUUAUUUCAACAAUGUUGUUUUAAUUCCUUAUGUCUUGAAAGAUAGGGUGGUUAGCAUAUUGAGAAGAAAGAAUUUCGAAUUUCUGGAUAUUUCAAAUAGUUAUAUCCCGGCAUGGGGAUCAUCACCAAUUGGUACUGAAUUUAAUUUUGAACAGGGAUCCCAGUUGUUAGAAAAACAGACUUUUCAAAUGUUUCACGAAGAAGGAAUUAAACCUGUGAUCAACUACAGAAAUCCACUAUUACUUACAGGGUCUCGAACGUGUGAUAUCCAUAAUACUAUUCUUAAAGCUUGCAAGAUCCUAUCAGCAACAAAUUGUAUACCAUCGUUUUUUGGAAUAACUAAAGCUGACACUCAGUGUUCAUUACUUUUACCAAGAUCAAGAAAACUAAGAUCACAAUUAGGUUUUGAGUCUCCCUAUAUUAUGGGAUCUCUUCUGGAUACAAUUAUCCCUAUUAGUAUUGAUUUAUCUAAAUUGGAGAUAAACUCCACUGGGAUUGUUGCUGGAUUAGCAAGUAAACUUAGUGACACAGGACUUUUAUAUUAUUUAUCAAUGGCUAGAUCUGGGGUUAUAAUGAUACCCAAAGAAAAUAUCGGAGUAGUAGGUGAAAUUUUAAAAUCUACUUAA